GCUCGCUGGCUGUUGCCAGAUUGAUACGAUCUUCUCUAUCAAAUACACGGACUAGUGAUUCUCCUCAACCGCCACUACCUCUUCAUCAUGCACCUAGCAUUCCGUCCUCCGCCGCCUCGAGUCCCCAAGUCAGAAAGGUCAAUUGAGGCAGAUUCCAACUCUAUGCCCAAAACGAAGAAGACGGAGGUGACAGAAUCGACCAGACCACUGACUGGGAGUGUCCUCGAUCGACCGGGUAAAAAGUCUCUUCGACAGACAAUUCUUGAUUCUAUCACAAGUCGUUCAAGGGGAUGAUCUUUCAACACAGAAAUGUAUAUAUCGAGGUGAAAAGCUGGUGGGCAGUAGGGAAUCACGCAGAAACUUCAUGAUGGAAUAUUUGGGUCGUUUUGUG